UCCUAUUCCAGCCGCGAUGCAAGAUCCAAAGACUUCAUGUGAUUUCGAAGAUCCAGAUCUUUGUGGUUGGACACAUGAUCCCCGUCAGGAUUUUGAAUGGAGAAGACACCAAUUUUCUACUCCUUCAGGUCACGUGGGAACCGGACCUUCUUUCGAUCACACGUUUGGAGAAGGAAAAGGAGGGUUUUACCUUUAUGGAGAGGCUUCUUCACCAAGAAAAGUUAAUGAUACAUCUAGGUUAUUCUCCCCAGUGUAUCCUUAUUAUUUAAGUGGAGGCUGCUUUGUUUUUUGGUAUCACAUGUAUGGAUCGACUAUAGGAGGUCUUAGAGUCUAUCUGAAACCUGAAGGUUUCCUAUUUGGGGAAUUUCUUCCUGAUUGGGAAAAAUGGGGAAAUCAAGGAAAUCAAUGGCUUCGAGGAAAUCUAUCCAUUCCUGAGUUUAAGGAAAAUUUUCAAAUUAUUAUUGAAGGCGUAAGAGGAACCAGUUACAUAGGAGAUACAGCUAUAGAUGAUGUCUUGCUGACAACAGCAGAUUGCGAUAGUUUGGGAAAUGUGACGCAGCCUACAGCUGAGUGGAUGGCGGAUUCAUGCAGAGGAAGGUGCAGGGAACCAAAUGAUGCCCACUCGUGUGGUUGUACUGAAAGUUGCUAUGAAGCUGCAAACUGCUGUGGAGAUUAUAUGACUAUGUGCCUUGGAAAUACUGAAGCUGUGGAAAGUGAUAUCCCUGAAGAAUGGGCUGCUACAAAUGUUUCCUCCACGCAUUCAUCUUCACGAUUACCUGAAGCAACCACAACAUUAAUUCCCCAUGUUUCGACAAAUAUUCCAUUAACUUCCACAAGCUCAUCUGUGAGUACACCAAGUACGGCAUUAGCUUCAAGCCCGACACAAAUUACAAGCUCUACACAGACAACAGGUACGGUAAUGCUGGCACACUCUACACAGGCAGCAAGUGCCACACUAUCUACAAGCUCGAUACAGACUACAAGUACAACGCACUCUACAAGCUCUACGCAAACUACAAGUACGACGCAAUCUACAAGCUCUAAGCAGACUACAAACACGACGCAGUCUACAAGCUCUACGCCAACUACAACACCGGGAACAAGCCCAAACUGGCCUACAGGCGGGGAACCAGAAAUAAGUACAACGACUUUGAAAACUAUACAACUUUCGACAAUGAGCAGACUAAUAACAUCACCACUUUCUCAAGGAACUGUAAGCGCUGCACAACCAAAAUCAGAAGAGAUAACCACGAAUAAAUCAGCCCUUACAUUUGCGUCAGUGACUACGCCAGUACCUACAGUUGAAUCGACGACAGAAAGUACUCGUAAAACAUAUAAUCUAAGGCCACGAACGCAAAGAACGUCCACUCCUGUUACUCAAACAUUUUCAACAACCCCAAUUAUUGCGAACUCAACUACUGAAAGAAAAGACAGUUCUUUCAGUUACCCUUCAUUUCAAAGUUCACAGGAAACACAAAAAGAAUUUUCAAAAGCAUCAGUUUCACCAGAAACAUACACAACUCAAAAGGAAUUAAAUGAUUAUAAUAUAACAAUGCCUAAAGCUUCCUCAGGUACUCCUCUGUUCACUACAGUAUCUAUACUUGAGCCAACAUCAAAAGCUGAGACUAUUAGAAGUACUGUGAGAACUACAUUAAUAAGCAUAACACCAAAAACAUCAACCACAAUUUUACCAUCCACUACACCUUCGACUACUUCACAAAAUUUCGAAAUUGCAACAUCUACUAUUUCAUCAAUCAUCCAAUUAAUAACUGGCACGCCAACUCAUACGACAUCAAGGAGAAAAUUUUUUAUACCGUCCACGAUAAGAGGCAUUAGCUUUCCAAGAACUAGUUCUGUUGUCACAACAGUAACAACAAUUGAUCGAACGCACCCUACUAUAAGAACUAUACUAUCAACAUAUGUGCAACGAAAAAUGACAGAGCCAACAGUUGAAACAACAUCUGAACAGUUUUACACACAUGCAUCAAAGGCUGCGUCUACAGCUUCGGAUAACAGCAAACCAACAGUAACCAUAAUAUCUGUUACUAUAGUCAUAGUUCUGUGCCUUGCUGGUGGAAUUAUAUAUUACUUGAGAAAACGAAAGAUUAGAAAACAGUCAAAACUUUCUGAUGACUCAGAAAUGAGAUUUUUAUCAGAUAAUGAAAUAAUUGAGUACUCUGAUGCAUCAUUUCUGGACAAAAUGAACACAUGAAUGCUGAUCUGACAUGCCAAACAAUGAACAGUGAAGCUACAAAUUAGUUAAUCAUUUCUUAAAAACUUUUAACAUCAGUUUUCAGUGUUUCAUAAAACGUACUUCAUUGAAUUUUUGAAUGCUAAAGUAUUAAAGAAGCGAUGUUUUAUUUAAAUAGCUGCUGUGUCAUUAUAUAAAGUGAUUAUUUACAUUUGUUCAUUAAGAAGUGAAAGUUUUUCAUCUGUAAUUCAAAUUUAUCAUUUUUUAGAUAUAAAAAUAAAAAUUGCGAAAACCUCA